CCCACACUGUACGGCCUGCGACCCCUCGGCCCCGCCCCUGGCACCACCUUGGCUCCCAGGCCUCCACCGACCACAGGCAAAGUUCCUUAGGCUGCGGAAAUGGCGGCGAGGAGUACCCAGGCCCUGGAGACCCUGUGUGACUUCUAUUAGCUGCAUCCAGCAACAGAACCAUAUUUGGGAAGUGCUCCUUCUUCAGUUUGGUGACCAUGAAGAGAUGAAAACAUCUGAAUGACAUGCUGCUCAGUGAGCUCCUGGACCCCUGAGCUUGGAUGCUUAAUGCUUGGACUGUCUGAGAGUGAAAACCCAGAGGAAGAUAAUUGGUGGCAGAAUUACUGACAAUGAAACCAGUGGAAUCAGUGACCUUCAAUGAUGUAGCUAUCAACUUUACCAAGGAAGAGUGGGCCAUGCUGGACAUGAACCAGAGAAAGAUGUUCAGAGAUGUUAUGUUGGAAAAUAUCAAUCAUCUGGUGUUCAUGGGGUAUCAGGUCUGCAUAUCAGAAGUGCUUUUACAGUCAGAACAAGGUGAACUGUGGAGAGAAGGAUUAAGGUUUCUCCAAGUACAGAGUCCAGGCAGGGAAACUGACCAUAAAAAAGAAGAAAUGAUAACCAUGCAACAUAUCCCUAAGAAGGGCACAUCUACCAACCAGACAAAGAUUUCUCACACUGAAGAGGAUCCCCUUGAAAGUAAUGAUAUGAAAGAAUAUUUCACCCACUCCACAAUGACUGACAUGGGAAAGAAACCCAAUGUAAACAAACAAUUUCAAAGAGUUCUCAAUUAUUCAUUCAUUGGUCAAAAUAAGAAAAUGCAAACUGAAUGUAAGUCAUAUAACUGUCAUCUAUGUGGAAAAGUCUUCAGAUGUAGUUCUGGCCUUAGACAACUUGAGAAAAUACACACUGGAGAAAAGCCAUAUGACUACCAUCUAUGUCGGAAAGACUUCACUGGUAGUUCUGCACUCAGACAACAUGAAAGAAUUCACACUGUGGAGGAUCCAUAUAUCUGCCAUCUAUGUGAGAAUUCCUUCAGUCAAAGUUCAAACUUUAGGCAACAUUUAAGAAUUCACAAUGUGGAGAAACUAUAUGCUUGCCAUAGAUGUGGGAAAGAUUUCAUGGAUAGUACCACUCUCAGACAAUCUGAGAGAACUCAUACUGAAGUAAAAGCAUAUGUCUGCCAUGUAUGUGGGAAAGACUUCACUGAUAGUUCUACACUCAGACUGCCUAAGAGAAUUCACACUGGGGAGAAACCAUAUGUCUGCAAUAUGUGUGGGAAAUCCUUCAGUCAUUGUGGUACCCUUAGGCAACAUGAAAGAACUCACACUGGGGAGAAACUCAAUUUCUCAGAACUUCAAGAAACCACUGAGACCCCAAAACAGAAAUACAGUGAAAAGGGGGAAACUGUGGAAAUUGUUGAAGAUGUCAUUGUUCAGAACUGA